UAGGGGGUCCCGGUGUGUGGUGUGGUGUGUUGUUGUGUGAGUGUGAGAGUGUGUGUUAGGGGGUUUCGGCAUGGAAGCUGUGGCACUUUAUACAUUUCGUGCCACAGAGGGCGAUGAACUCAGUUUCAACAAGGGAGACAUGCUCAAGAUCACCAACAUGGAGGACGAUCCUAACUGGUACACAGCUGAGCUCCACAACAGAAAAGGCUUUGUGCCAAAAAACUACAUCAACUUGCGACCACACGCCUGGUUUGCUGGCCGUAUAUCUCGCGGUGUGGCAGAAAGUCGACUCAGGCACAGGGAGUGUGGGGCUUUUCUGGUCAGAGAGAGUGAGAGCGCCCCGGGCGAGUUCUCCAUGUCCGUCAGUUAUGGGGACCAUGUUCAGCAUUUCAAGGUGCUGCAGGAUCGCUGUGGUCAGUACUAUGUGUGGGACGAGCUCUUCUCCUCUCUGAACGAGCUGGUGGACUUUUACCAUAGCAACAGCAUCGCUAAGGAGAGGACUGUCUUUCUGAGGGACCCCGAGCACUUUGCCAGGCGUCCCCAUCAUGCCCACGCUCUCUUCGACUUCACCCCACACCACCCCUCCCAGCUACGCUUCCUGCGCGGUGAUGUCAUCGAACUCAUUGACUGCUCCGAUUCGCUGCGCUGGAGGGGCCGUUGCCAUGGACACGUGGGCUGUUUCCCUCCGGAGUACGUCCAGCCCAUUUACCACUGCCAAUGACCUGACGCGUCACAUCAAGUACACAUCAAUUCCCACAGGUUCAUCAUUGAGCUGUCUUGACCCCGCCCCUCACGCUGCUCCUCUGCUCUGCACUUGACCAUUCAUGUUUGGAGCAGACAACCGAAGAGCUGCAAAAGAACUGCUCAUCAUGUUACUGACUCCUCCCAUUUCCCACAUGACGCCACCUUUCAGUCACAAUCCUCGUCCAAUCAGCUGCUACAAGCACAUCAAUUGCUUCCACCUGAUCCCGCAACUCCACUUCUCUUUAAUCAUGUAAAAAUAAUAAAUUAAGAUAUGGACCUAGACACUGUGGAGAACUCACAUACACACACACACACUCACAGACAUAAUCAUUUACAGCUUAUCAGCACUGGUGCAGGCUGAAUAAAUGCAACACACACACUCACACUAACCUUAUGACAAAAAAAACCCCAGUGU